AUAGGUUGUCGACUAUGCUGAAUCUCGUGGCAACAUUUGUUUUUCAAAAAAGUUCCAAAAACCUAUUAUUAGCUGAAGUAUCCUAUAUUUUCCUAUUUUUGAAUAAAAUCUAGAAAUUCAUAACCUAAUCAAGAUCUAUCUGAUAUAGUCUACUUGUCUAAACUAUCUGUGCUGGAAAUGCUUCAGAUUCAUCUAUCGAUUGUUCAAAUCUAGCAUAUGAAAAUGUUUUUUUUUCACUUUUUUCUCAUCCAUUUCUGCUGGAAAUGACAGCAUAUAUACUUUCGAAGAUGGUGAUCAUGAUUCUGAAAUUAUAUUUUUCAUCUAAUGCAUUAGCUCGGAAGAAAAAAGCACACUUUACUUUUUACGGUGUAUGGUGGCAACCUAGUCUUUCAAUUUCAUAGAGAAACAUUGAGUAUUAGAGAAAUGGGAUGAAAACAUUGAAACACACAUGAUUACAUCGUGUUACGUCACUCGUGGCACUGGCAUUAUGACUACGUACUCCUAUUCGCCCAGGAUUUAUUUAUUCAUUAGAUUUCACACAGCCACAAAGAUUGGACACAUUCAUUGUUGUUUAAGAUGAACGAGUUUUAAAAAAGACAGGGUCUACAAUAUUUUAGUCCUUUUUUUGAUUGUUGAAGUUUUCAAAAGUUUUAUGACUUCAGUUUCAAAAUAUCACUCUGUAGCAGAACCUUAGAAGUGAAGUAUAAUAAUGUAUUAACCGAUACGUAAAUAAAAAAACAUAUUUUAUAAACUAACUAUCACAAGAUCAAGGUUAAACUAACAUCAUGUUCUAUUAGUUAUUUGAAGAUAUAUUACUCAAUGAGUUAUAAAAAGAAAGGCAAAUGAUAAGAAUGUAGGUUUUUUUCUUUCGUUCUUAUAUCUACUCACUCAUUUCGUGCGAUAUGCAUCAAUAAAGAAAAUAUCUGUGUAAAUUUUUAUUAUCGUCACGUGCGUAAAAAAGUCAACAAAAUAUAUAAUUAUUAUUUAUCAAUCAGUUAAGUAAGACUUAUGCCAUUCUUUAUUCCAACAGAGUGAAUUCUUUGUGUUUUUUCUAGUCAUGGAUAAUUCAAAAUCUAAAACGGAAACUGUUCAAACAAACGAACACUCUAAUAAAGUAUCGGAUCACUCAGUUACACGCCAACAAUCUGAUUUAGCAAAUGAAAUAAUGAAUGAUGAUAUGGUUCAUAUUCGACUUGGUGAUAUUAAAAAAGAUAAAAAUUUAACCGAAGAAGAUAAAUCCAAAGUGGAAAAGUAG